AUGGCUCCUAAACACGGUGUGAAGCUGACAGCUGUGAACAAGAAAAAGUUAUUUGAUGACAUUUCGCAGUUUUUGAAGGCACAUAAAAACGAAGCAGAAGAUAGGCGUAAGUUAUUGUGUGAAAAAGCUGAUGCAAUGUACUUCACGCUAGCGAAUGACAUUUGUCGAGCUGCGGAGUCGAUGCUUUCGAAGGAUGUACUGGCUGCAAAUUUAAUGGAGUUUUUCCGAAGUGAAUGCGCAUUCCAGGUUGACUCCCAUACUAGCAGUGCAAUAGAAAAUCUGUCCAUCUCCGCUAAGAAACUAUGUGCAGGAAAAGAAAUACUGGAAAGUGUCCAAACUCCUCUGCAAGAAAGAGUUGGUCUGUCAAACCUGCCAUCUACAAUUUAUCCUAAAGUGGAGAAAAUACGAGCACACCGUUUCCGAGCUCCACGUAACAGUGAGGUUGCGUUUUCUGUUGAUGGAUCUCCAAUCGUCGUUCUGCCAACAGGUCGCAGUGAUCCUGAAUCGCUCGCCUUGAAACAGAUAAUGGAGAAGGAUGAAGAGGCUUUCACACCGAAUUCACGCGAAGUCGUCACCACUUUUAAGAAUUUGUUGCGUGAGAAAGUAGCAGAAGUCCAGGCAUUAUCCAAGGAAUUAGAUUAG